GGGCGAGGUUGGCCCCGGCUGACGGCCCGCUCUCGUCUUUCGCAGGAGACGGACCAGCUGGAGGAGGAGAAGUCCGCUCUGCAGGCGGAGAUGGCCAACCUGCUGAAGGAGGAGGAGAAGCUGGAGUUCAUCCUGGCGGCGCACCGGCCCGCCUGCAAGAUGCCUGAGGAGCUGCGCUUCUCCGAGGAGCUGGCGGCCGCCACCGCACUGGACCUGGGCGCACCCAGCCCCGCCGCGGCCGAGGAGGCCUUCGCCCUGCCGCUGAUGACCGAGGCGCCGCCGGCCGUGCCGCCCAAGGAGCCCAGCGGCAGCGGGCUGGAGCUGAAGGCCGAGCCCUUCGACGAGCUGCUUUUCUCCACGGGGCCGCGGGAGGCCUCCCGCUCGGUGCCUGACAUGGACCUGCCCGGGGCCUCCUCCUUCUACGCGUCGGACUGGGAGCCGCUGGGCGCCGGGAGCGGUG